CAAUUUUUGAGUUCGUUGGUCGUCGCAACAGAGGAGAUCGGAGUCUCUGCAACUCGUUGAGAUGUGGUCUCGCCAAAGCUUCCUCACCAACGCCCUCAUUCCCUUUCCUUACAAACCCUACUUCCCAACUCCUGCUUCCCCUAAAUUCAUCUCUUGCAGUUAUUCUCAGAAUGAUGAACAAGAUUCCCCCAGGAAGAAAGAGAACAAGUUGGCCAAGUUAGCUCUGGUAGCAGUGGCUGCCGGAGUGUUGACGCUGGGUUCAGUUCAUGAUGCAUCAGCCGCCAAGAGCGGUGGCAGAGUUGGUGGCCAGGCCUUCAGAUCCUCGGCUCCUCGUUCCUCACCCAGAAUCAACAACUCCAGGACCAAUAUCUAUGUGAAUCCCCCAGUGGCGCCUCCUUUGGUUGGUGGCUACGGCUAUGGUUACGGCGUGCCAUUCUAUGGUGGGUGGGGGUGGUCUCCAUUUUCAUUCUUCGCACCAGGUCCCAGUGUAGCUGUUGGCAUUGGAGGUGGGUUUGAUACUAUAGUGCUGUUUUUGGUCCUUGGUGCUGCUGCUGCAGUUGUGAGGAGAUUCUUUAGGUCAAGAGAUGAAGAGGAUGACUACUAGCACCAGAAGAAAUAAACAACAGGUUUAUUUUUUCCUUUUUAAACAAUUCCAGGGAAUGAUACAUACAUCUAUAUAUGUAUAUUGGAAUAGUAACCAUGGUCAAGCUUCCAAAACCUUCAUAUCAGAGUAUAGAGAGGAUUUUUGUUUCUCCAUUUAAAAAAGAAAAACUGUUCAAUUGA